UGGUGUUAAUAUAUUUCUUUUUAUUCCCCUUCCCCUCGUCGUCUGUGUCUAUCUGCCUUUUUGCUAUUUUUCCUCCUCCUCUUCCUCCUCCUCUUCCUCCUCCUUAUCUUUAUUAAUCUCUACUUGCUUUGUCCCUUUUCCUCUGUUCCUCACUUCGUCCUCCUCGCAAAUGCUCUCCUCCUCUUCCUCUUCCUUCCUCUCAUCCUCGUUCUCCUUCUUCUCUGCUUCUUCCUUCUUUUUUUCACUUCUUCUUCCUCAUCUUUGUCUUCAUCUUCAUCCUUUUCCAAAACUUCUUGCCUCUUCAUCCCCUUCUUUCAUUCCUUCCUCCUUUUUCCCACUUUCUACUCAUUUUCAUCCCUUUUCUCAUCUCCCUUUCCCAUUCUUUCCUUCCUCUACUCCCUUCACCUUCACCCCUACCCCCGCCACCUCUUCGUCUGUCGGUGCCGGCGUACAGAAGCGUCGAGAGGAGCAGGAGCGUCGCGCCCGUCGUGGGGACACCGACCCUCGCUAUGAGUACAUCUUCCAGGUGCUGGCGGCCUGCGCGGGCAUCGCCAGGCACCAGGUUAUGGACCACGUGUUUGAGGAGAACCUGCUGGAGGAGAUUAGCAAGUUCCUGAUGCCCGGCCAGUACAACAACAUGAUCUGGUUCUAUCAAGAGUGCGAGAUCCCGCCGGAGGAGAAGGGCGGCCAGGACGAGGAAGAGGACGGCGACGCGAAGUCGCCCACGUCGCCCCUCCUGUCGCAGCCCUCUAGCGGUCACUCCCGGCGUAACUCGGAGGUCUCGGGGCCCACGGAGCAGCAGCCAUCCCGACGCAACUCCACGGCGACGCAGCACACUGAGGAUGGCGAGGCGGCGGCGGAGCCCGAGAUGCCGGGCCGCCGCAUGCGUCUGUUCGUGGGCAACCCGCGCACCACCCCGCUGCGAGGCGUGUGUGUGUGCAUGACGCGAACCAACCCGCAGCGCUCUGUUACUGAGGAGAACGUGCACAGGGAGGUCAACUUCAUGCUGCUGCGGGCUGGUGAUGACCCGUCCGUGCUGCUCCGCUCCGUGAACCGCCUGCUGGGCCGCGUGUUCGUGCCGGCCGUGCGCACCAACCCCUCCGACCUGGACACGGCGCCGGGCAGUGGGAGUGCGCGGGAUCAUCUGUUGGCAGGCCUGCGCUCCUUCGCCUCGUCCCUGCAUGUGUCCGAGUCCAUCCUUGAGGAGCGGGUGGUGCUGGCGAAGGGGGAUGAGGGUGCGGAGGAGGUGCGUGGGCUGUCGGAGGCCCAGGCGGCGCUCACCCAGCCCGACCAAGUGCUGGCGGUGGAGAGGACUGUGGUGACGUGGCUCAAGCAGAUUGAGUCCGUCCUGAUCGAGAUGGAGCAGCUUCGCCAGGAGACGGACGACGCGGGGCCGCAGGACGAGCUCGAGUACUGGAAGCGACGCAUGGCCAAGUUCAAGUUCCUCUCAGAGCAGAUGGAGUCGCCGCAGGUGCGCGGGGCCAUCCUGGUGCUGCAGCUGGCGCGCUCGAAGGUGCUCAAGGUGUGGAAGGAGACGGACGCACGGGUGACGCACAACCUCGCCGAAGCCAAGGACAACGUGAAGUUCGUGUACGCCAUCGAGGAGUACUGCCACCCCCUCUACCUCAACGACCCGCCCGGCAUGACACCCUACAUCAUGAUGCUGUUCAACACGGUGCGCAUGAUCCACUCCAUCUCCAAGUACUACAACACCUCCGACAAGCUCUCUGCCCUGCUCAUCAAGAUCACCAACCAGAUGAUCCGAGCCUGUCAGGUGUACAUCUCUCGGCAAGGCACAGCUUCCAUCUGGUCCCAGCCGCGGUCAGAUGUGCGGGUCAAGAUACAGCACUGCCUCAAGCUGCAUGCCACCUACCGCUCCGCCUACCAGAAGACCAAGGAGAAGCUCGAGGCCAUGCCGGGGGAGCGUCCGUUCAGUUUCAGCGAGCAAUACGUGUUCGGGAAGUUCGAGGCGUUCUGCUGCCGGCUCAACAACAUCACGGGGCUCUUCGACGACAUUGACAAGUUCUCCGGCUUCUUCGAGGGACGCGCUGAGUCCUUGCUGCCCAUGGAAACCGGCCUCCGAGACAUCCUCAAGUCGUGGCAAGAGAUGUGCAACGAGAUCUCACAAAAAUCCUACGACUACCUCGACUACCGCGACCACCACUUUGACACCGACCUGGAGGUGUUCGCCGCCAGCGUGCGCGAGCUGCUGCGUCGCAUCCACAUCAUGGUGGAGAAGGAGCACGAGGAGAUCUGGGAGACACCAAUGGCCUACAAGAUGCUGGCCAGGUUUGAGAAGAUCGCCGUGGUGGUGCCGCAGCUGGACGUGGAGGGCAAGUACCGCCGGAUCCUGGCGCGCUUCCACCAGGAGCUGGAGAAGGUGUCCCGCAUCUACUGCCGCCAGUGUGAGAGUCCACCCCAGCUGCGCGGCCUCCCUCCUGUGGCUGGAAAGAUUCAAUGGGCCCGGAGUCUGUUUCUGCACCUGGAGGAGCCCAUGAUGUUCUUCAAGGACCAUCCGGUGCUGCUCAAGAUGCCGGAGGGGAAGGAGGCGGUGAAGAAGUACAACCGCAUUGGCAGGAUGCUGGUGCAGUAUGAGCUGGCCUAUUACGAUGCCUGGAGGAAGCAGAGUAUGAAUGACAUCCAGAAGUCGCUGCGCUGCACGCUGGUGGUGCGGCGGCCAGACACAGAAGAGCUCUACGUCAACUGGGACCCGAGGAUCUCCACGCUGCUGCACGAGGCCACCAAGAUCCAGCAGCUGGGCUUUGACGUGCCGUACAUGACACAGCUGCUCCUCAAUAGGGCGCCGCUGCUGCUCAAAAAGAGGGACAUGGUCAAGCACCUGUUGAAUGAGCACAUCCGAGUGUUGGGCAAGGUGAGCAAGAGCCUGACGCCACUGCUGGUGCCUCACGUCACCAAGCUGAAGGAGGCGCUGGACCCCCUGCAGACCAGCCUCACCUGGUCCUCCAUCCAGGCCCACAGCUACUUUGACCAGGUGUUCCAGGCGGUCAGGGCCUUUGAGGUGCUCAUCGACAGAGUGAACGACAUCUUCCACCACCGCAUGGAGGGAGUGCUCGCGGCCAUGUCCAGCGUGAAGCUCUACGUGCUGCCUGACACGGCACCCUGGAUGCUGGACCUCUUCGUGCACAACACCUGGCUCACCUGUUGCCAAGCCGCCCAGGAGCUGAACAGUCGCAGCCGUGUGGUGGAGGAUGCAGUGCUGGAGCUGAUAGAGUUGGUGCUGGUGGGCGUGGAGGGCGGGGGGCAGGGCGACCAGGGCAGCUACAGCUUCCUCACGGCUGAUGAUCUUGAUGAUGCCACAGACUUGGAUGACUCGCGCUCAGUGUCGUCAGGCGGAGGGUCGUCGCGCCGCAGCCCUGUACCUGCAGCGGAGGGGCCCUUUGCCGCCACACUGGAGCUGCCCUCAAAGACCCUCACACCGCAGGAAAAGGCCGCAAGGAAGAAAAGGGAGAUGCGGGAAAAAGUGGAGGUGGCGGCCAGGGACCUUCGCCGGGCGUACCACAGGAGGGUGCUGGACGUGUUGAUCAAGUCCGUCAAGGGUGCACUCGACUCCAUCCGCCGCCACACCUCCAUCAAUAACCCACGCGGCCAAGGUGACACUCCUGGGCGGGGACGAGGGCCAAUACAGCCAGAGAAUCCAGGGGUGGCACUGGUGGAGCUGAGUGCCUCCCUGGUGUCCCCCGGCGUGCAGGUGACCCCGAGUCUCAGCGAGGUGCAGGAGGCCAUCAACAAGGUGGCCAAAAUCAUCCUGUCCACGGCUAUGGGGGUGUCACAGUGGGUGCGCUGCCGGAAGGAGGACGCUGGUGAACCCCUGAGGAAGAAUGAAGGGACGGCCGGCUCUCGGAAGGGUUGGAAGAUCAGGGAGGAGGUGCUGGAGGUGCCCGCCAUGCCCAAGAACUACUACACUCACGUCUACGAGAGCAAGGACGUCUCCAAGAUCAUGAGUCAGAUGGCCAACUCCUUCCAGUCCACCAAGAAUGAGCUUCACAACACCUUCAGCACCUGGGACAAGUAUCAUCACCUCUGGCGCGUGGACAAGGAGACUGCCAUAAGGGAGUUCAUCGCCAGCACUCCGACCCUGCAGGACUACGACAGGACCCUCAGGAGCUACGUACUGCUCGACAAACAGAUCAAGAGUGAGCCAAGUCGCUACAGGGUUGGAGCACUGGCUGUCAAUACUGACCAGCUGAAGAAGGCCCUGGUGGUGGAGGCAAGUCUCUGGGUGGACAAGUACGGCGAGGCGCUCAAGACCACUUACAUGAAGGAGAUGGAGCGGCUCUUCGCACAGCUGACCGAGCUCUCCCGCCGCCUGGAGCGUCCACUCAAAGACCUCGAUGAUAUCAAAGGAGCCAUUGACAUCCUGCGCAAGACCCGGGACCUUGAACUGGAUAUGGACGAUGCAAUUGACCCAAUAGAGGAGUCGUUUGGUCUGCUGGUGAAGUACGAGCUGGGUCUGAGCCAGGAGGAGGCGGAGCGCGUGGACAACCUGCGCUUCACGUGGCAGAAGGUGUUGGCGCAGGCUGUGGAGGUGCAGAACUUGCUGUCCCGCGUCCAGCCGUACUUUAGGAAUGAGUUGAUCCAUAACGUAGCCCAAUUCAAGAAGGACUGCAGCAAGUUUGUGCAUGACUACCGCGGGACGGGCCCAAUGGUGCCAGGCCUGGACCCAAGGGAUGCCUCGGACAGACUCAUCAUUGCACAGAAUCGCUUCGACACCCUGUGGAGGAAGCACUCAAGUUACUCCGUGGGUGAGGAGCUGUUCCGCCUCCCUCGUUCUGAGUUCCCAGAGCUGGCACAGAUCCGCAAAGAGCUCAACCUCCUGCAGAAGCUCUACAAACUCUAUAAUGACGUCAUCGAUCGCGUUACGUCCUACUACGACAUCCCGUGGGGCGAGGUCAACAUUGAGGAGAUUAACAAUGAGCUCAUGGAAUUCCAAAACAGAUGCCGCAAGCUUCCGAAGGGGCUGAAGGAGUGGCCAGCCUUCAACACCCUCAAGAAGACGAUAGACGACUUCAACGACAUGUGUCCUCUGCUUGAGCUCAUGUCCAACAAGGCCAUGAAGCCCCGUCAUUGGCAGCGCAUCGCGGAGGUCAUCAGCCGACCCCUCGAGGUGGACAGCGAGAACUUCUGCCUCAGGAACAUCAUGGACACGCCCCUCCUGCAGUUCAAGGAGGACAUUGAGGACAUCUGCAUCUCGGCCGUCAAGGAGAAGGACAUUGAGGCCAAGCUGAGGAUUGUGACCAACGAGUGGGCCAACCACGACCUGACCUUCUCCACCUUCAAGAACCGUGGGGAGCUGCUCCUGCGAGGCGACACCACUGCUGAGGUCAUCACCCAGCUGGAGGACUCCCUCAUGGUGCUCGGAUCACUCCUCUCCAACAGGUACAACGCGCCCUUCCGAAAGCAGAUCCAGAAGUGGGUGAGCGACCUGUCCAACACCAACGAAAUCCUGGAACGCUGGCUGUUUGUCCAAAACUUGUGGGUGUACCUGGAGGCCGUAUUUGUGGGUGGGGACAUUGCCAAGCAGCUGCCCAAGGAGGCCAAGAGGUUCUACGUCAUUGACAAGAACUGGCAGAAGAUCAUGGCCCGGGCACAUGACAACCCCAACGUGGUGACCUGCUGCGUGGGCGACGACAUGCUGAAGCAGCUGCUCCCCUACCUGCAGGACCAGCUGGAGGUGUGCCAGAAGAGCCUCUCUGGGUAUUUGGAGAAGAAGAGGAUGAUGUUCCCACGGUUCUUCUUCGUGUCCGACCCGGCCCUGCUCGAGAUCCUCGGCCAAGCUUCAGACUCACACACCAUCCAGUCUCACCUCCUCUCCAUCUUUGACAACACCAAGACCGUCCGCUUCCAUGAGCAGGACUACGACCGCAUCACUGCUAUCUCGUCAUCAGAAGGAGAGGUUGUGCAGCUGGAGAAGCCGGUGCGUGCUGAGGGCAGCGUGGAGGUGUGGCUGAUGAAGCUGCUGUCCAUGUGUCAGCAGUCAGUGCACGGCAUCAUCCGCCAGGCCCACCAUGUCAUCCAGGACCCCGACCUCAACGUGCUGCGCUUCUUGGAGCAGUUUCCAGCACAGGUGGGCAUCUUAGGGCUGCAAAUGAUCUGGACAAGGGACUCCGAGAUGGCCCUCACCCAGGCCAGGGCUGACCGCCGGGUGAUGGCUGACAUGAACAACCGCUUCCUGGACCUGCUCAACCUGCUCAUCAACCAGACUACACGAGACCUGGAGCCUGUGCAGCGGACCAAGUAUGAGACCCUGAUCACCAUCCACAUCCACCAGCGUGACAUCUUCGACAGCAUGUGUCGGAACAAUGUGCGUUCGGUGAUGGACUUUGACUGGCUGCGGCAGAUACGCAUUUACUUCCGGGAGGACCUGGACAAAACCAACAUUGUUCUCACGGACGUCACCUUCCAGUACCAGAAUGAGUUUGUGGGUUGCACUGAGCGCCUGGUCAUCACGCCUCUCACUGACAGGUGCUACAUCACACUGGCGCAGGCACUGAGCAUGAGCAUGGGUGGGUGUCCUACAGGGCCGGCAGGUACGGGCAAGACAGAGACCACCAAGGACAUGGGCAAGACGCUGGGCAAGUAUGUGGUGGUCUUCAACUGCUCAGACCAGAUGGACUACCGAGGCCUGGGCAGGAUUUUUAAGGGCCUUGCACAGUCUGGCUCAUGGGGAUGCUUUGAUGAGUUCAACCGCAUUGAGCUCCCGGUGUUGUCUGUGGCGGCCCAGCAGAUCGCUGUCGUCCACACCUGCAAGAAGGAGCGGCGCAAAGCCUUCCACUUCACCGAUGGAGACGUCAUCCCCAUGAGCACGGAGUUUGGGAUAUUUUUGACCAUGAACCUGGGCUACCACGGCCGCCAAGUGCUGCCGGAGAACCUCAAGAUUCAGUUCCGCAACGUGGCCAUGAUGGUGCCCGACCGACAGAUCAUCAUCAGGGUGAAGCUGGCCUCGUGCGGCUUCCUGGAGAACAUCACGCUGGCUCGCAAGUUCUUUACGCUGUACAAGCUGUGUGAAGAACAGCUCACCAAGCAGGUGCAUUACGACUUUGGGCUACGGAACAUCCUGUCUGUGCUGAGGACUCUGGGCGCCUCCAAGCGAGCCAACCCCAAAGACUCUGAGUCCACCAUUGUCAUGAGAGUCCUGAGGGACAUGAACCUUUCCAAACUGGUCGAUGAGGACGAGCCUCUCUUCAUGUCCCUGAUAGAUGACCUCUUCCCAAACAUGGUGCAGGAGAAGGGUUACCACAACCAGCUCACCACUGCCAUCGGGGAGGUGGUCAACGAGCUGGGCCUCAUCAACCACCCACCAUGGACACUCAAGCUGAUCCAGCUGUACGAAACACAGCGGGUGAGGCACGGCAUGAUGACGCUGGGGCCAAGUGGUGCCGGCAAGACCUCCUGUAUCCACGUCCUCAUGAAGGCACUCUCCAGGAUUGGUCUUCCCCACAGGGAGCUGCGCAUGAACCCUAAGGCCAUCACCUCGGCCCAGAUGUUUGGCCGGCUGGACGUGGCCACCAACGACUGGACGGACGGCAUCUUCUCCACACUCUGGCGAAAAACUCUCAAGGCCAAGAAAGGGGAACACGUGUGGCUGGUGCUGGAUGGGCCCGUGGACGCUAUAUGGAUUGAAAACCUCAACUCUGUUCUGGAUGACAACCGUACCUUGACCCUUGCCAAUGGAGACCGCAUCCCCAUGUCCCCCACCUGUAAGGUCAUAUUUGAACCUUCAAACAUCGACAAUGCCUCCCCCGCCACUGUCUCCAGAAAUGGGAUGGUGUACAUGAGUUCGUCAGGGCUGGACUGGCAGCCUCUGCUCCAGGCGUGGCUGAGGACCCGGCCGCACCACGAGCAGGGUGUUCUCACGGAGCUGUUCUCCAGCACCUUCCCCGCACUGUUCACCUGGACCAAGCAGAACCUGCGCCUGUGUGUACCGGUGCUGCAGGUCAACCUCAUGGCUCAGGCCAGCAAGGUGCUGGAGGGGCUGCUGCCAGACGAGCCGGUGCCCCAACACCAUCAGCGCCGCAACCAUGACCCGGACACCGAGGAAGUGCCGCAGACGCAGACGGCACCAAUCCAGGAGCACAUCCACCGCCUGUUUGUGUUCGCCAUGAUGUGGAGCAUUGGGGCGCUGCUGGAGCUGGCAGACCGCGCCCGCCUGGAAGACCACCUCAAGAACAAGUUCACUGCGCUGGACCUGCCCGAGUGUACCAAAGGACCAACCGACUCCAUCUUUGACUACCGAGUGGAUGAGAAUGGGUAUUGGCAACACUGGGAGACGCGCGUGAAUGAGUUCAUAUACCCGGAAAGUGGUUCCCCAGACUACACGUCCUUCCUGGUGCCUAAUGUGGACAACGUCAGGAUGGAUUUCCUCAUCCACAUCAUUGCCCAGCAGGGGAAGGGAGUGUUGCUGAUCGGUGAGCCGGGUUCCGCCAAGACAGUCACCAUCAACGCCUUCAUGAAGAAAUACAACCCCGAGGACCAUCUCUGUCGCAACUUUAAUUUCUCCUCAGCCUCCACGCCGCUGUAUUUCCAACGCACUAUCGAGAGCUACAUUGACAAACGGAUGGGCAGCACCUUCGGGCCGCCAGCCGGGAAGAAGAUGACGGUGUUCAUUGAUGACCUCAACAUGCCGCACAUCAACGACUGGGGGGACCAGCCCACCAAUGAGAUUGUCCGACAAACAAUGGAGAUGGGAGGGUUCUACAGCUUGGAGAAACCAGGAGACUUUACAAACAUUGUGGAUCUACAGUUUUUGGCAGCCAUGGGACAUCCAGGUGGAGGUCGCAAUGACAUUCCAGCUCGCCUGAAGCGCCACUUCUGUAUCUUAAACUCCACCAUCCCCUCCGAGAGCUCCAUCAACAAGAUCUUUGGGGUGAUAGCGAGGGGCCACUUCAGCACCAAGCGUGGCUUCAACAAUGAAGUGCGGGGACUGGUGGACCUGCUGGUGCCUCUCACACGCCGCCUCUGGUCACACACCAAAAACAAGCUGCUGCCCACCCCUGCCAAGUUCCACUACGUGUUCAACCUACGUGACCUGUCUCGCAUCUGGCAGGGCAUGUUGGGGGCAGCGCCCAAUGUGGUGACCUCCAGUGACACCCUCAUGGCCCUGUGGCGGCAUGAGUGCUGCAGGGUGAUCUCUGACAGGUUCACGUCACUAAAGGACGUGAAGUGGUUUGAAGAGUCGCUGGUGAAUCUGGCACAGCAGGACCUCGGCCCACAAGUCACCAAGAAGAUUACUCACACCAACUACUUUGUGGACUUCCUCAGGGAUGCCCCGGAGCCCACUGGGGACGAGGGUGAGGAUCUGGACAUGGAGAUGCCCAAGGUGUACGAGCCCAUCCCAUCCUUCUCUGCCCUGGAGGACCGCCUGCAGAUGUUCUUGUCACAGUACAACGAGAUGGUGCGAGGGGCCGGCAUGGACCUGGUCUUCUUCACAGAUGCCAUGAUUCAUCUCACAAGGAUCUCCCGCAUCAUCCGCAACCCCGGCGGCAAUGCCCUGCUGGUGGGCGUGGGAGGCUCAGGGAAGCAGUCACUCACCAAGCUGGCGUCCUUCAUCGCCGGCUACAAGACGUUCCAGAUUGCACUCACUCGAUCAUACAACACCGCCAACCUGCUUGAGGACCUGAAGGUGCUGUACCGGACGUGUGGGAUCCAGGGCAAGGGCACAACGUUCAUCUUCACGGACCAGGAGGUGAAGGAGGAGGCCUUCCUGGAGUACCUCAACAACGUGCUGUCCUCGGGUAUGGUCAGCAAUCUGUUUAACCGUGACGAGCAGGGUGAGAUUGUGAGUGAGCUGAUUCCCGUCAUGAAGCGAGAACACCCGCGCCGCCCACCCACGCCGGAGAACGUGAUGGACUUCUUCCUGACACGCACCCGACAGAACCUCCACGUCGUCCUCUGCUUCUCCCCUGUUGGUGAGAAGUUUCGUACCCGAGCCAUGAAGUUCCCGGGCCUGAUCAGCGGCUGCACAAUAGACUGGUUCCAGCCAUGGCCCAAAGAGGCGCUGGUGGCCGUAGCUCAACACUUCCUGGAGAGUUACGAGAUCAUCAGCACCUCUGAGGUGAAGACUGGCCUGGUGAAGGGCAUGGGAACUAUCCACGACCAUGUGGCUCAACUCUGCAAUGACUAUUUUCAGAGGUACCGGCGGGCAGCUCAUGUCACCCCCAAGUCCUUCCUCUCCUUCAUCAGCAUCUACAAGAAAAUAUAUAACGAGAAGCGUGAGGAGAUAGGCGAGUCUGCUACCAGGAUGACAUCUGGCCUGGACAAGCUGCAGGAGGCGUCUGUGGCUGUGGAGCGUCUCAGGGAGGAACUUUCGGUCAUGGAGGCAGAGCUGGCAGUGGCCUCGGAGAAAGCACAGAAGAUCCUUGAGGUAGUGACCCGACGAGCUGAAGAGGCAGAGACCAUCAAGGAGGAGGUGGAGAAGGUGCGAGACAAGGCUCAGGCGCUCGUCAACGACAUCGCCAAAGACAAGUCCCUGGCCGAGGAGAAACUGGAGGCAGCUCGGCCCGCCCUGGAGGAGGCUGAGGCUGCGCUGAACACCAUCAAGCCAGCACAUAUAGCCACCAUCCGUAAGCUGGGCCGGCCUCCACACCUCAUCAUGCGCAUCAUGGACUGUGUGUUGCUGCUGUUCCAACGCCACGUGCAGCCUGUCAAGCCCGACCCCAUCGUCCCGUGCCCCAAGCCCUCCUGGUCCGACAGCCUCAAGAUGAUGGCCAGCACAACCUUCCUCCUGUCGCUGCAAAACUUCCCGAAGGACUCCAUUAAUGACGAGGUGACGGAGCUGCUGGAGCCGUACUUUGACAUGGAGGACUACGACAUGGACACGGCCAAGCGGGUGUGUGGCGACGUGGCCGGCCUCCUCUCCUGGACACGGGCCAUGGCAGUCUUCUUCGGCGUGAACAAGGAGGUGCUGCCGCUCAAGUCCAACUUAGCACUGCAGGAGGCUCGUCUACGCCUGGCCAUGGGUGACCUGGAGCGUGCCCAGGCAGUGCUGGAUGACAAGCAGAGGGAGCUGGACGUGGUGCGAGGACAGUACCAAACAGCGCUGGCGGAGAAGCAGAAGCUCAUUGAUGCCGCCAAUGUGUGUCGCAGGAAGAUGCAGGCGGCGGCGACACUCAUCAACGGACUGGCUGGGGAGAAGGUGCGCUGGACCAAGCAGAGCAAGUCCCUGAGGCAGCAGCUGGGAAGGUUGGUUGGCGACGUCCUGCUGACCACGGCCUUCCUGUCCUACGCGGGUCCCUUCAACCAGGAGUACCGCACCAAGAUGAUCAAGAUGUGGCGGUCCCUCUUCCACACACGCAGCAUCCCCUACACCACUGACUUGGACAUCACCUCCUGGCUCAUCGACAACGCCACGGUCUCAGAGUGGAACCUUCAAGGACUUCCCAAUGAUGAGCUCAGCAUCCAGAACGGCCUCAUCGUGAGCAAGGCGUCCUGCUACCCUCUCCUCAUCGACCCUCAAGGACAGGGCAAGAUUUGGAUCAAGAACAGAGAAGCAAUGAAUGAGCUACAGAUCACGUCGCUGAACCACAAGUACUUCCGCACCCACCUGGAGGACUCGCUCUCCCUGGGCCGGCCGCUGCUCAUUGAGGACGUGGAGGAGGAGCUGGAUCCCGUCCUGGACAACCUCCUGGACCGUAACUUCAUCAAAUCUGGCUCAAUCCUGAAGGUGGUGGUUGGCGACAAGGAGUGUGACAUCAUGCCGGGCUUCAUGCUGUACAUCACCACCAAGCUGCCCAACCCCGCCUACACCCCGGAGGUCUCGGCCAAGACUGCCAUCAUUGACUUCACUGUGACGGUGCAUGGCCUCGAGGAUCAGCUGUUGGGUCGGGUCAUCAGGACGGAGAAGAGUGACCUCGAGAGUGAGCGUGUGGCACUCAUCGAGGAGGUAAUGGAGAACAAGCGGCGGAUGAAGGAGCUGGAGGACAACCUGCUCUUCCGUCUCACCUCAGUACAGGGCUCACUAGUGGAUGACGAGGACCUGAUCAUGGUGCUGCAGGACACUAAAUCCACCGCGCAGGACGUGAGCACCAAGCUGCAUGUUGCCUCGGAGACGGAGCGCAAGAUCAACGGUGCUCGUGAAGAGUACCGCCCGGUAGCCACACGUGGUUCCAUCCUAUACUUCCUCAUCACCGACAUGGCUGUGGUCUCCUGCAUGUACCAGACCUCCCUCAGGCAGUUCCUCAUCCUCUUUGAUAUGUCCAUGAUCAAGUCCGACCGCAGCAACAACCCCAAGGUAAGGAUCGGAAACAUCAUCCGCUUCCUCACUGUCACUGUCUGGAGGAAUGCUUGUCGAGGCUUCUACGAGAGGCACAAGUUCCUCUUCACGCUCCUCCUGGCCAUGAAGAUUGACCUCCAGUGUGGCCACAUUUCGCAUGAGGAGUUUAUGAAGUUCAUCAAGGGUGGAGCCUCCCUGGACCUGAAGGCGGUGCAGCCCAAGCCGUUCCGCUGGGUGCUGGACAUCACGUGGCUGAACCUGGUGGAGCUGAGCAAGUUGCAGCAGUUCAACUCCCUGCUCGACCAGAUCACCGAGAACGAGAAGGACUGGCGGCUCUGGUUUGAGAAGGACAAGCCCGAGGAGGAGGAGCUGCCUUGUGGGUACUCUCGCUCCCUGGACAUGUUCCGUCAGCUGCUGCUUAUCCGCUCCUGGUGCCCUGAUCGUACCCUCUCCCAGGCCCGACGCUACAUUCGCAGUGCCUUGGGUGAGCAGUAUGCAGACAGCGUCAUUCUGGACCUGGAGUCAACCUGGGAAGAGUCGGACAACCGCACGCCACUCAUCUGCUUCCUCUCCCAAGGCUCGGACCCGUCAGUGCAGAUUGAAACCCUCGCCAAGGCCAAGGAGAUCGAGUUGAGGUGCCUCUCCAUGGGUCAGGGGCAGGAGUCUCAUGCCCGGCGCCUGCUGUCCGAGGCCAUGGCUGGCGGCAAGUGGCUGCUGCUUCAGAACUGCCACCUCAGUCUGGAGUUCUGCCAGGAGAUGCUCGACACGGUGACAGAGUCCAGCAACGUCCACAAGUGUUUCCGUCUCUGGCUCACCACAGAGGUGCAUAUGUCCUUCCCCAUCGGUCUGCUGCAGAUUUCCAUCAAGUUCACCAAUGAGCCUCCACAGGGCAUCCGUGCCAGUCUCAAGAGAACUUAUGCUGAUGUGUCUCAGGACCUCCUGGACUAUUCCAACGCCCAUCAGUGGCCGCGGCUCCUCUACUCCACGGCCUUCCUGCACACGGUGGUGCUGGAGCGCAGGAAGUACGGGGCGCUGGGCUGGAACGUUCCCUAUGAGUUCAACCAGGCGGAUUUCCAAGCGUCGGUGCAGUUCAUACAAAACCACCUUGAUGACAUGGAUCCAAAAAAAGGUGUAUCAUGGGUGACAAUCUGCUACAUGCUGGGUGAGAUACAGUACGGCGGACGGGUGACGGAGGACUUUGACAAGCGCCUCCUCCUCACUUUCCUGCAUGUGUGGUUCAAUGAAAGGCUCCUCACCUCAGACUUCAGGUUCUAUCAGGGUUACGCUCUCCCUAUGUGCAAGAACCAGGCUGAGUAUCUGGAGUUCAUCAACCAGUUACCAGUGACAGACUCCCCUGAAGUGUUUGGUUUGCACCCUAACGCUGACAUCACGUACCAGAUCAACACGGCCAAGGGUAUUCUGGACACCAUCCUCAGCAUGCAGCCCAAGGAGGGGGGUCAGCGCGGCGGGGAGACUCGGGAGGUGGUCGUGUCCAAGCUGGCCAACGAUAUGCUCUCCAAGCUUCCCGCAGACUACAUUCAGCACGAGAUCAGAGAAGCACUGCAGAGGAUGGGCGCCAUACUGCCCAUGAACAUUUUCCUCAGGCAGGAGCUGGACCGCAUGCAAAAGGUGUUGAAGGUGGUGCGGAAGACCCUGCAGGACCUCCACCUGGCCAUCGAGGGGACCAUCAUCAUGAGCACCUCCCUCAAGGACAUGCUGGACGCAAUGUACGACGCCCGGGUCCCUGAGCGCUGGCGGAAGGUUUCGUGGGAGUCCAGCACGCUCGGGUUCUGGUUCACAGAGUUGAUGGAGCGAGACUCACAGUUCCGCCGCUGGUACUCCUACGGGCGGCCCAAGGCUUUCUGGAUCACCGGCUUCUUCAACCCCCAAGGCUUCCUGACGGCCAUGAGACAGGAAGUGACCCGCCAGCACAAGGGUUGGUCGCUGGACUGUGUGAUCCUGCAGAACCUGGUGACGCGCUUCAACAAGGAGGACAUUCACGACCCGCCUCCAGAGGGAGUCUACAUCUACGGCCUCUUCCUGGAAGGUGCCUCGUGGGAUCGCAAGCAGGGACGCCUCAUGGAAUCAAGGGCUAAGAUUCUGUACGAACCCAUGCCAAUCAUCUACCUGUAUGCGGUGAAUACAACCAGUGGGAAGGACCCAACCCUGUAUGAGUGUCCCAUAUACAGGAAGCCACAGAGGACUGACGCCACGUACAUCGGCUCAAUAGACUUGGAGACCACUGAGUACCUCCCCUCCCACUGGACACUGCGGGGAGUGGCUCUGCUGUGUGACAUCAAGUGAGGCUACGGCUGUGUCUGCAUUAGGAGAGGGAGAGGAAUGGUAUACUCUUUACUCUUAGUGCUUGCAAGGUGAGAUGAUGUGUAGGGCAUGUAGUCUGUGUAGGUUGUGUCGUCUGUUGUUUGUGUUGUCAUUAGUGAGAUAAGUAUAGUUUGGGUAAUAAGUAGACAGGUGUUUCUCUAGGGCUGGGCUCAAGAGGGGCUACUGAGGGUAUAGCCAUGAACUCCCCCCAUCUCCACCCCAAAAAAGAGGCUCUCACAGGACAGGAUGGAUACUAACCUUUUGCCUCACAUCAUUGACACUUGGGACAUCAGUAGCCUCCACAAAAUACUUAACCCCAAGGCCCCUAACACACUCAACCCAGCUCUGUAUCUAUGUUAAGGUGUGUGGAGAAAGAUGUAUUUUGUUAUAGAGGCAAUAGCAUAUAAAAUAAAUAAUGGUAAGGUGUUAUCUAAGAAGUCUACAUAGGUGAUAAACUACAUUACUCAUUCCUAGUCAUUAGAUUUCUUUGUAGUAGACUUCAAGAACAGGUUGCAUAAAGAAAGUGUUGUCCACAGUAUUAUCUGAAGCCGUAAGUCCACCCAAAUCCAGGUGAUAGCCAGGUAAGGCACUACUUUGAUAGGUGCUAAUGUCCAGGUGAAGAGAGACCUAGACACACUUAGAGCUCUAGUGUUGCCGUCCAUAUUAAUAACUUGUUAGUAAGCACAACUCCACGAGGAAGAUAUCACUCAAUAGUAAGCAUAAUGCCAUGAGGAAGGUAGUCAUAUUUCUGUCAUGUAAGUAACAGAGAGCUGAGUUUCUUCUGCAAUGAACUCUAUAGGUUAUUUGGUAGCUAUCCAAACAGUCUGAAAAUGGCACAAGACGCAACAGUAUUAACCCCUUGACUGCGGAUUUCCUACAAGAAGACAUCACCAAGCAACAGGAAUGGAACAAAAAGUGGCUGCUACAAUUCAGUGAAGAAAAAUGUAAAGUCCUGCACCUUGGGAGGGGAUAUCCAGCAUACCAAUACCACAUGGGAAACACUAUACUAUACACCACAGAGGCAGAGAGAGACCUGGGACUGUAUGUUACCAGGCUACCAGUGAAAGCCAAAUCCAUGCCAAUCACAGCGGGCAGGUUAAUCAGUGGUUGUUGUGAAGGAAAGGAACCCCAGUACUCUUGCCUUAAAAGAUAAAAAAUAAAAAUAACACAGAGGAUUCUUAUAUUGAUUGAUAGUUUAUAGUUGCAGGUAAAUGACAAAGGAGAAGGGAGGAACAUGCCAUCCCAACCCCUAAGCAGUAUACAUAAUGUGAUUAUACAACUAGUAAUACAUGUGCAGGUAGCACCAUGAAACUAAAAAGACACACUGGUAGGAGAUAAGUGAUAAAAAAAUAAAGGCCUUGAUGAAGACAAGGGAGCAGACAUAAGGAACUGAGCAUGUGAACUACAGUCUAGGUGCAAAUGCAGGAUACUCACUUAGCACAGCUGAAAGAACACUAUUGUUAAUGAACCAGCCCACCAGCUCAGGCAGGCCCCAGUGGCCCUGUGGGUGGUAAGCCCUAACAGCAGGACAUUGCAGUACAUAGUGAUUGAGUGUGUGACCCCCUGGCCUGGCACACAAGCUGCGAGGUACAGGGCAGCCCCACUGACCUCCCAGUAAUAUCUGUAGCCCAGCCUCAGCCGCAUCACCACCAUAUAGGAUGCACUAAGCAUGAUACCGUGAUAAUGUGAUACCUGGGCAUAGUGAAUGCUGGAGGGACUACCAUCCUGACACCUCAAGGCAAGCUCAUUGGUGACAGACUCACUAACAAAGGAUCUAAGUCUACUCUUAACAUAAUUAUAGGUAUACUCAACACCCGGGUGCACAAUGAGAUCAUCAGAGGCAGCACGAGCAAGUCUGUCUGCCUUUUCAUCAUGGGGCAGCCCAACACGUGAGGGCACCCAGAUGAAGUGUGCACAGCGCUCCAGCAGGCUAAGGGUAUUAAGGCACUUAUUGACUAUAUCAGUCAGAGGAAGACAGCAGUGCAUACAAGGCACAUUGACUAUCAACAAACAGGUACACAGAUUUCCUGAGAGCUACAGUGAUAUGGAGGGCUUCAAAUGUGGCAUAGAGUUCCGCCCUUGUGGAAGACAUGAUCAGGAAGCCUCUUGGAAACCUCAGUGUCAGUGUACUCAGAGGGGGUGGUAAAGUCU